CUCAUUGUGUACGUGAACGACCCGCUAUACAGUCAGUAGUUCGAGAUAGUUUUUGUGCUUGUGCACUCGGUGUUGUUAAUUCCAAACUGGUAUUACGGUAUCAUUCAGCCUUAUAAGCCUUAUAACUCCUUGCUCAUACUGACUGUGUCCAUGUGAGAGCAACAUGGCACCCCUGGCAGCUUUAGUACGCGUCUUGUGUCUUGGACUGGGACUCCUAUGCAGUUCGACAGGGAAAUCUACUAAUUUCCUAGAGUUAGUGAAUACUAUUAUUGACAAUGAUGUGAACCCUCAACCAAUCUACAACAGGGUGGGCGGAAACAAUGUCAUCUCUAAUCAACGAGAAGACGCACCAGCCAGUUCAAACACGACGUUAUCGUUCUCGGUUUCAAUCGAAACUAAUAAAGUGAUGCACACGGUUGACCGUCGAUACCUCUCUACCGGUUUCAGCGCAAAAGAAGUGGCCUUUCCACCUCCUGUGGCUUUUGAUCCAAACUCGGUCCUCCUCCAAACAUUGAUGCGUGGACUCUCUCCUGCUGUAUUACGUGUAGGAGGAAGAUCGGGAGACGAGGUGUUAUUCAUGGUCAAUGGUUCUACCAACGCCAUCCCCAUCCCCUCGUUCGAUGUGGAUCAUUUUAUCACAGGUGAACAGUGGAAGGGUUUGAAUGAAUUUACCAGGAAGUGUGGAGUAGACCUUGCCUUUACUCUGAACGUGGCCGUCAGGAAAGGCGAUUCAUGGGACCCGACUAACGCUAAGGAACUCCUGGACUUCAACGCCAACCACGGUUACCGUGUCAUAUGGCAGUUAGGAAACGAACCUAAAAGAUUCAAGAAAAACUACUUGAUGACGAUACCAGCUAGUCAAUUAGCCAAGGACUUCAUCACCCUUCGAGGUAUACUAUCAGAGGACCGAUACAGGUAUAGCAACGAGCUAGUUGGACCUGAUAUAGGCCACUUUCCAAUUCAUAAAUGCGCAAGGACGGACAUGCCAGACUUCUCAUCAACUACUGCUACCUAUCUACAAAGGUUCCUGCGCGAUGCUGGCGAUGCAAUCAACGCAACUACUCUUCAUUUUUACAAUUUGCACGGAGCCAGCAGCAAUUCAAUCCACAAUUUUACUGACCCAGACCAACUCUUCAGAACCCGAUGCGAGCUUCAGAUAUUUAGGAAACUUAUGAAUGGUUCUAGGCCGACGGGCUUCCGAGUAAAAUGGUUAGGCGAGACUUCUUUUGUGGCUGAUGGCGGCCUGCAGAAUGUUUCAGAUCGCUAUGUUGCCGGGUUUCCCAUACUUCACAACUUAGGGUUAGCAGCUGAGAUGGAGAUUUCUGUCUUCAUCUACUGGAAUUUACUUGUAGGUCCAUACGGUCUAAUCGAUUCUCAUAACAACACAUACAUACCGAAUCCCCUGUAUUGGGCUUUCCUUCUUCACAAGCGGCUUCUUGGCACCCAUGUUCUAUCUGUAUCAUAUGCUCUUGACGGACACACUGGAGAGGAUACGGAGGCCGAAAAGAAAAAGUCCUACGUCCACAUUUUUGCUCACUGUACCCUUAUAUCCCCAUUGUAUCCAGCCGGAGCUGUUACAAUGAUGGUAUUAAAUCUGCACAACGACAGUGAAGCAUCUCUGCACUUGACCGGGGACCUAGUUAAUAAGACUGUAUACGAGUAUCUCCUGACACCACCUGGGGGAGACCUUACCAGCAAGAAUACCACUCUCAACGGUCACCUGUUAAAGAUGAAGAACUCCACACAUUUUCCAGAUAUUCUUCCACGCCCUCUACCGGUGGGAUCACCUAUAGUUCUUCCGCCGGAGACGUACGGUUUCUACGUCAUCAGGGAUGCUAAUGCUCCAGCAUGUCGACAUAACUGAGACCAAACAUUGAUAGAGAAUACGAAAAGCAAACCGAAAAAAAUAUCACUCAUCAAUAUUGACUAUAUUUACUCCUAAACGCGUGUAGGCCUAUUCUCGCAUAGUGCACAUGUAAUAUAUCACUUUUUGUGAAUCUAAUCGCUCCUUUCCUCUUUACAUUUGCAAUAUACAUGUAUAUGAGUAAUUCUAUAAAUUAGUGACCCAAUUUGUGACAUGUUGGUGCCCCUGUUACGUAAGGAACCCAUACGUAUUUGUGGCUCUGAGUAAAGACUUAAAUAGUGGAGUAUAAUUGUUAAAGUGCGGGUUCAUAGAAAAUCACAAAUAUGGCAAAUAUCGUAUUACUAGAAACUGGUAUGCUAACAGAUGGCUAUCAUGCAAGUUUUAGGUUAACUACAUAUCGGGUGAUUUAUAAAAAUACAAAUCAAACAACCUCCAUAGCAUCUGGGAUAUGCGAGAGAU